AUGAGGGAGUUAUGCCGGUUAAGGAUAUUGACAUCGCCAUUGGUACUAGUAUUAUUAUUAUUGUUAAAUUCUAUUGCUACUGUUAAAGCAUGGAAUAAAUGGAGUUUUAAUAAAUAUCAAACUGUCGAUGACUACUAUUCACCUUCAGUACAAAUUACUAUUUAUCCAACGGAAGAAAAUAUUUAUGAAGGAAAUGAUGCAACGUUUAAUUGUCGUGCACGUACUUCUGACGGUGUCACACAUUCGGAAGUACGUUGGACACGUUACAAUGCACCAAUGCCUAAUUCAGCGUAUGAAGUAGACGGACGUUUAAAAUUUUCAUCAGCCGUAUCGUCUGAUAGUGGACGAUAUAUUUGCUCAGCAAAUAUUGGCGGACGAACUUAUGAUGCAUCAGCUCAGUUAAAUGUACAACGUUAUGGACCACAAGAGUUCCAAAAUAUCCUACCACAAACCGGUUUAUGCCGGAUUGAUGAAAGAGCUUGCGGUAAUAAUGAAUGUGUUAAAACUGAUUAUGUUUGUGACGGUGAACCGGAUUGUCGAGAUCGUAGUGAUGAACAGAAUUGUCCAUCGUUACGUUCAUGCGAGCCAAAUGAAUUUAUGUGUACUAAUGGACGUUGUGUACAAAAAAUGUGGCUCUGUGACGGUGACGAUGACUGUGGUGACAAUUCGGAUGAGCAAGCAUGUAGUCAUCGAGCAGCAUCUGAUGGUUGCGCGACAAGUGAAUUUAAAUGUCGCGAUGGACGACAAUGUGUACCGCUUAGCUUUCAUUGUGAUGGUACCAAUGACUGUCAAGAUGGAUCUGAUGAGAUUGGAUGUGUGCAACCGACGAUUGUACAACCACCGGAAACGAAUAAGCAGGUGCAUGCUGGUGGUACCUUUCAGUUAACAUGUAAAGCGGUAGCUGUACCUGAACCAUACAUUAAUUGGCGUCUAAACUGGGGUCCUGUUUGUAAUCCACCAAGGUGUACACAACAUUCUGAGGGCGGUCUUGGUACACUUACAGUGAAAAAUGCUCAACCACUUGAUCAAGGUGCUUACACCUGUGAAGCAAUUAAUGUAAAAGGUAGAGUGCUAGCUACACCGGAUUGUAUCGUUCGUAUCGUUAAUAUUCCGGCUCCUGAAAUGCAAACACAGUGCAAUAUUGUCGGUUCUGUAAGUCCAAUUCCGGAUCAUACAGGUCGAUGUCAAUGUAAGCCAUUGGUAGUAGGUUUAAAAUGUGAUUCAUGUAGUCAAGGAGCAUUUCAUUUACAUGAAAAAGCACAACAAGGUUGUUUCAAAUGUUUUUGUUUUGGUGUCACUGAUCAAUGUCAAUCAUCUUCAUGGUACAGAACAAAAGACAAACUUAUUUUGAACGGUGAUUCACGAGGUGUUCAUAUAUCAGAUAUCAAUGGACAAAUACAUAGUUCACAAUUUGAUUAUAGUAAACCUGGAAUGGUAACAUUUAAUGAACCAUCAUAUCAAACAAUGUACUGGAAAUUACCAACACGUUUUCUUGGAAAUAAGCUAACAGCUUACGGUGGUGAACUUUCAUUUGAUAUACAAUAUUCAUGUGCUGGUUCUGUUAAUAAUGAACCAUUAAUUGUUUUGAGAGGUAAUGGUAUAACAUUGGUACAUCGUCCGAUUGAUACACAUAUGUUUACCUCUGAUCAAAUAAUCCGAUAUGCCAUCAAUACAUUUGAAGUAAAUUUUGAAGAAUUAGAUGGUAGACCAGCAACACGAGAGAAUUUAAUGAUGGUACUUGCUAAUAUUGAUAUGAUGUUAAUUCGUGCUACACAUUGUUAUGGACAACAAUAUACAAGACUUGGUGAUAUUACCUGGGAAAUAGCAGUGAAUCGUGAUACACAAGAGAGAUUUGCUUUAGAAGUAGAGCAUUGUUCUUGUCCACCAGGAUAUACUGGACUAUCAUGUGAAACUUGUGCACCAGGAUAUGAACGUUCACCACAAGGUCCAUACCUCGGUACCUGUAUACCUGUACAACACCGUGUACAAUGUUCAACAAGUGGUGCACGUAGCAUGCAUCCUGGUUAUGAUGGUAAAUGUCAAUGUAAAAUGUAUGCGGUAGGGACGUUAUGUGACCGUUGUCCAUCUAAUACUUUUCAUUUGUCACCACGAAAUCCACAAGGUUGCAUUCCAUGCUUUUGCUCUGGUGUCACCCAACAGUGUACCUCUGCUAGUAGUUAUUAUCGAGCUCAGGUAGCUAUCGAUUAUAGACGAGGUGCUACUGAUCAGUUGGAAAUUACAACCAGUGAUGCACAUAGUCCAUUUACACCUCAAUCACAAGCACAAAUAACAGGAAAUGAUAUAACAUUUGUAUCAUUUUAUGAAAUACCCGGGCAAACAUUGUACUGGAAAAUGCCAAAGCAAUUUUUGGGUAAUAAAGUUACCAGUUAUGGUGGUACAUUAAAAUAUGUCUUUCGUUAUUCUUGUACUGGACCAUUAAAUAUUGAUGCAGAUGUGAUCUUACGGGGUAAUGAUAUUUCAUUACAAUAUACAAAUCAUCAACCAAUUUAUGCUGAUCGUGAAAAUACAAUUGAAGUAGUUUUAUUCGAAGAUCAUUGGCAACGUAUGGAUGGACAGUUAGCCACACGUGAACACCUGUUGAUGGCAUUAGCUGAUCUCGAUAGCUUAUUAAUUAAAAUGAGUUAUACGGAUGAUUGCUCAUCGUCCUCAUUAAUUAGCGUUUCAUUGGAUUAUGCUGAACCGCAUGCAACCGGUGGUGAAAUUGCUUAUGAAGUUGAACAAUGUCAAUGUCCGCCUGGCUACAUUGGUACAUCAUGCGAAGAUUGCGCACCUGGAUAUUCUCGUACAGGUGGUGGAUUAUAUCUGGGUCUUUGUGAACGUUGUGAAUGUCAUGGACAUGCUUCACAAUGUGACAAAGAGCAUGGCUUCUGCUUGGAUUGUCAACAUAACACUGAAGGCGAUCAGUGUGAACGUUGUAAACCAGGAUUUACCGGUGAUGCACGCCGAGGUACACCGCAUGACUGUCAACCGGCAGCGACAAGACCGCCAUGCAUGUGUAAUAAUCAUUCACCGCGAGGAUGUGAUUCAUUUGGUCGAUGUUUGCUAUGUGAGCAUAAUACAGAAGGAUAUCACUGUGAGCAAUGCAAACGUGGAUUUUAUGGUGAUGCAUUACGUGGUACACCAUUUGAUUGUACGCCAUGUCCGUGCCCUGGUACAUCAGAUUGCUUCUUAGAUACGUAUGGUCAAGUACAAUGUCGUAAUUGUCCAGCUGGUUUAACUGGACGUUUAUGUGAAGAAUGUGCACCAGGUUAUACACGUUCACGUUCACGUGCACGUAUUGACGAAGGACGUAUUUGUGAACCAAUUGGACAUGUGGAAGAAACAAAUAUCGUAUUUGUACCAACACCUGAAGCAUACGGUCCACCAAUACGUGUACAAAUUGAUGCCCCAAAGAAUUUACACAUUCCGGUUGGCGGUAGAGCUCGUUGGUUUUGCCGAGUUAUCGGUCAACGGAGUGCUGGAAUUCGAUUACAAUGGUCAAAAGUUGGUACUGCUGGAUUGCCAAGUAAUGCAGUUCAGUAUGAUGGUGAGUUAAUUAUUAACGGUGUGCGAGAAUCGGAUGCAGGUCAGUACCGAUGUACCGGAUCCGGUGAUCAUCAGUUUGCUACCGAUGAUGGUACACUAAAUGUUGAAGCAAAACCACGAAUUCCAGUUAUUGGCAGACCGCCACCAGUAAUGAUUGACCCAUUGGAACAAACAGUAAAUGUUAAUGACAUGGUUACCUACCGUUGUUGGGUACCUGGUUUAUCAUCUUGUGAACUGAAAUGGUACAAAGAAGAUAUCGGUGGACAGCUACCGCAUGGUGUAUAUCAAACCGAUGGAAUGUUGAAAAUUCCGCAUGCGCAAUUGGAACAUGCUGGCAGUUAUAUUUGUACCGCUUCUAAUGAAUAUGGCAUUGGGAAAUCACCACCUGCACGUCUAAUUGUUCAGAAACCAAUUCAACGUCCUAGAAUUGAUCCGCAAGAAAAUACCGUUGCGGAAGGUGAACCGGCACGUUUCCGUUGUUGGGUACCUGGUGAUCCAACAGCAAUUCUAACAUGGAAAAUGAAAGGUAAUGGUCCAUUACCACCUGGUGUACAACAACACGAUGGCAUUUUGAAUAUUCCAAGUGCGCAACGUCAACAUGCUGGAAGUUACAUUUGUAGCGCAAGUGAUCCGAUAGGAUAUAAGCCACCAAUUGAUAGUCCUGUAGCUAGAUUAAUUGUUAGGCCAGCAAGUAAUCCAUUGGUUGAUCCACCGGAACAAACAGUAAGUGAGAAUCAACCAGCUCAAUUCCGUUGUUGGGUUCCGGGUAAUCCAACAGCAAUCCUUCACUGGCGACGCGCUGAUGGUCGUCCAUUAGGUUAUGGUGUUAGUGAUAAUCAGGGAAUUUUAUCCAUACCUCGUGCGCAAAUGUCCGAUGCUGGUGAAUAUAUUUGUUCUGCACGAUCUGUUGAUGAUGGCACACCUGUUGACUCAUCACCAGCUCGUUUAGAUGUUCAAAAGCCUUAUGAAUUACAUACAACUGAACAUUCAUUGAUGGGAGAACAAUCAAAAAAUUUGCAAAAACCGGAAGUUGAUCCGAAACAUGAAAUGGUAUAUGAAGGUGAUCCGGCUAUGUUCCGUUGUUGGUUACCAACAAAUUUAAAUGCACAUUUGAAAUGGUCGAGAGCAGAUGGUACACCAUUACCAAAUAGUGCAUUUGAUGAUGGCACUGGUACAUUAUACUAUUUAAGAGCACAUGUAUCAGAUUCUGAUUUCUAUGUUUGCAAAUAUAUUACGGAAAAUGGUAGCAAAAUAUUGGAAUCGGAUCCGGUUCAAUUAAAAGUAAAACCGUAUGAACAAAGAAAGGAAAUUAAAAAACUAGAAUUACCACGAGAAGCACCAAUGAUUGAUCCAAUGGAGCAAAUUGUUGACGAAGGUGAAUCAUCACAAAUUCGUUGUUUUAUAUCUGAUAAUAAAACUAAUGUUAUACUAAAAUGGAGAAAACAAAAUGAUGAAUUACCAAUUCAUGCAACACAGAAAAACGGAAUUUUGUUUAUUACACAAACGGAAAUUAAUGAUGCCGGAAACUACAUUUGUACAAUGGAUGAUUUCCGUGGUACACCAAUCGAUUCACUUCCGGCACGUAUUAACGUAAGACAACACGGAAAAAUACCGGUUGUCCUACCGAUAUCAUUAACGGUCAACAAAGGUGAUUUGGUACGUUUUCAAUGUUAUCUACCAGAUAAACAUACGCAAAUGCUUCGUUGGGGAUUUAAGGAAAAAAAUGGUCCAUUACCUGAGGGUGCAUAUGUAUAUUAUGGUGUUUUAACAAUUGAUAAAGCACGUUUAACUGAUUCCGGAGAAUAUAUUUGUACGGAUGAUGAAACAUUACAAAGUGCUGCACCGGUUACUUUAACAGUGGAAAAUACUGGUGAUAAUAAUGAUAGUAAUGAUAAUGAUAAUGGUGAUGAUGAUAGUGAUGAAAUACAAGAAAUAGAGAAUAUACAUGAUAGUGAUGAAUUUAAUAAUCGUAUGAAACAACAACAACAACAUGAUAAUCAUGAUAUUAAACAUGGAAUAAUGGCGAGAAAUGAUUAUGAUGAACAUGGCAAUAAUAAUGAUAACAAUAGUAAUCAUGAUUAUGAUACUAACCAUCAUAUUGUUAAAUACGGUGGUAAACCACCACGACCAAUUGCAACACCAAAUGAUCAGGUUGUUAAAAUUGGUGAAGUAGCACGAUUCCAUUGUGAUCCAAACAGUGAUACACCAGCUACCAUUCGAUGGGGUUAUGAAACUCCCGAUGGUCCAUUACGAGGUGAUGUGGUACCGGAAGGUAACGAUUUAAUCAUUCAUUCAGCGGAUCACUCACAUGCUGGUGAAUACAUCUGUAUUGCAACCAAUCAGUAUGGUACCGGUGAAGCUGAACCUGUUCGACUUCAUGUUACCGAAAAGGAAGAACCACCGACAGCACGUGUGGUACCACGUGCCUGGAAUGGACAACCAGGUGAUAAGCAUCAAUUCCAUUGUAUUACUACCGGCUCUCCGAAACCAACUAUAAUUUGGACCGGACCAAGUGGUGAAGCAUUACCUGAUGAUGUCACUGAUAUUGGUGGUGGUUUCUUGGAUUUCCAGAAUGCUCGAGCUGAUAUGAACGGUGAUUAUACGUGUACGGCAACCAAUAUUGUUGGUGAGGCAAGCGAUUAUGGAUCCGUUAAUAUUGGACCAUCACUUACCGUACGUACCAGUCCACCUGGUCCACGAAUUGUACUAACUGUUGGUGAACCAUUGGAGGUUAAAUGUGAAGCAUUUGGUGAACCGGAACCGGAAGUUGAAUGGUUGCAUGAUCCGGGACCAGAACGAGGUGAUCUACCGGAUGAUUUCAAACCGGUUACAAUUUCGGAGCAAUUCAUUCGACAUCCAAGUAUUGGACUUGGUAAUGCUGGUGUAUACACAUGCAGAGGUAGCAAUAUUCAAGCUUCAGCUAAGAAGGAUAUUUAUAUCGAAGUUGUGGAACCAUCAAAGGUAGCAACAGUAGCAAUUCUCGGUGGUUCAACACAAUGGUUUGAACCUGGCAGAUCAGCUGAUUUGAUCUGUACCGCAACAGGUAGUGAAAUUGUUGAUCGUAUCCAAUGGGUCAAAGUUGAUGGUGCAUUGCCGGAUGAUGCAAAAGAAACGGAACUUGGAAUUUUACAUUUGCCCAGAUUUAGGAAAUCUGAUAGUGGUGAAUAUGAAUGUCGCGGAUAUCGUCAUAAUGAAUUGGUAGGAAGUAAUCGUGUUACAAUAUAUGCUACCAAUUUAGCACCAUUGGAUACAGCACGGGUAGAAAUUGAUUCACCCGCUGUUCGGGUAAUUGAUCAGGGUGAAUCGAUUAAGCUUACAUGUACAGUUGAAGGCGGUGAUAUUAGUGGUAUUAAUUAUGAAUGGGCGUUACUGCGGGGCGGUAAUAUCAUUCGUCAGUACUCAGAAGAUAGCACAUUGGUGAUCAAAAAAGCCGAUCCAUGGAAUGAUUACGGUGUUUAUCGUUGCGAAGUGGAAGAUGACGAUGGCGAAUUAAUUGGACAAGCAUAUACAGCUGUCACAAUUGGAUUUACUGAUCCAUCUAAUGCACGAGUUGUUAAAUUUGAUGAAAAAUCAUCUGCAACAAUUGAAUGUCCUGUUUAUGCCAUACCUGGCGCAACUGUCACAUGGGAAAAAGAAGAUGGUGAAUUACCGCCUGGUGCAAAAAUGAUUGGUAAUAAAUUGAUAAUUGAUGAAUUUGAUGAUGAUGCUAUUGGGAUGUAUGUUUGUAAAGUUGACAUACAUGGUAAACAAGUUGAAGGUUAUGUCAAAGCAGAAAUAUAUGUUCCGGAUACAAUAAUACAAGUAUUGCUGGAACCAUCAUCGGAAAGUAUAUCUCUGGGUGAUCGAGCAUGGUUUGAUUGUAAAGUAACCGGUGAUCCGGAUGCUGAAAUAACAUGGACAAAAGAGGGUGAAGAUGAAUUACCGGAUAAUACACAGGUUAUGGGUAAUCGUUUAUUGUUUGUAAACGUACGUGAAGAUAACGGUGGUAUCUAUAAGUGUCACGCAAAAACAAAAGCUGGUCCAUUGGAAACACGAAAUGUGCUCAAUGUUGGAAUAGCAAAACAUGAAAUACCAAACAAAAGUAUACAACGAAUUAAAGAGAGUGCUCCAGUUAUUACUGCAGCUAUUGGCGAAGAGAUUGAAUUACGAUGUCCUGCAACUGGUGCACCUGGUGUGUACGGUGAAGUGAAGUGGGAAAAAGUUAACGGUGAAUUACCAUAUGCUUAUUCAAUUCGGCAAGGUAUUCUACACCUGAAAGAUACGAAACGAACGGAUGAAGGAAUUUAUCGAUGUAUCAUACGAACUGAUUCCGGUUUAGCAACCGUUACACAUGUUCACUUAAAAGUCUCCGAUUUUGUGCCAUUAUUUGGUGGAGACGAUUAUUUGGAAUUAAAACCAUUGACGGAUGAACAAUGGAGUGAUAUUAAUAUGAAAAUUUCAUUCAAACCUAAAUCACCUAAUGGUUUGCUAUUAUAUACAGCACGACAAAAUGCGAAGAAUCCGGAAGAAAUAAUUAAUUAUUUGAGUGUUGGAUUAAAAAAUGGUCAUGUAAUCUAUCGAUAUAAUGUUGGUGCCGGACCAGCUGAAUUAAUGAGUACUUAUCCAGUGGUAAUGGAUGAAUGGCAUAAAAUUGAAUUAGUUAAUCAACCAAGUCAAGCUGCAUUACUUGUUGAUGAAGAUGAUAUAAUUGAACAGGAUAAUUACUACUUUAAUACUGGUGAAGGUAUAUCAAAUAUUGUAAGUGUUGGUGGUACCAAAGAUAAAAAAAUAUUCGAACGUACAAUGUUUGAACAACCAUUUAUUGGAACAAUUACAUCACUAAUAAUAUCUGAUGAAACAAUUAAUUUUGGUGAAAAUGCAAUUGCAAAAUCAGCAAAUAUACAAAAGGAUGCGGCAUGUUCAUUAGGAUUAUGUCAACAUAAUUCAAUUUGUAUACCAACAAAUAUUCACAAUGGUUUUGUAUGUGAUUGUUCAAAUGUCAAAGGUUAUGAAGGUGAAUUCUGCGAGCGCAAAAUUCUAAAAUGCAGUCACGUUACCUGUGGAAGUGGAACAUGUGAGUAUCGAAUGGAUGGUACACAAUUUUGCAAUUGUCCAACCGGACGAUACGGUGACCGUUGUCAACUGCUCGAGACUGAUAAUAUUAUUGAAUCGGUUGAAUUUAAUGGUGAAACCUCAUAUAUUGUAUUACCAAAAUCAAAAACACUUCGUAAUUUUAGUUUAAAAAUGGAAAUUGUGCCGCGCUCAACGAACGACCAAUUAUUAGCAUACCAAGCAAGUGAUUAUAAUCCAAAACGAUCCAAUUAUUUAGCAUUCGCAAUACGUCGCGGAAAAUUUGUUUACUUUUACAGCAGUGCAGAUGGUAAUAUAGAAAUUGAAUCACCGGAUGAUGUAAUGAUAAAUGUACCGUAUCAUAUUGACCUGAAACGGUUUGGUAAUCGAGCUGAGGUACGAAUAAAUGGCACAAAAGUACCGACUCGUGGCAAACUUUCAACAUUUUUGCCAGGCACAAAUUUAUUUAUUGGUGGUAUACCAUCAGGAAUUACAGUAAAUCCUAGAAUUGGUGGUGCUGCAUCAUUUAGAGGAUGUAUUUCAAAGAUUGUUUUAAAUGGAAUGGAUAUCAAUUUGACUGAAAUACUUAAAAAAUCAUCACAUGAUGUAACGAUAUGUAAACCGUAUACGACUGAAGAAGACGUAGACAUUCACGUGCCAUUCGUUUGGACUACGUCAAUACCAACGACACGUACAACAAUACGUAUUACAACGUCAAAGUAUUCACAAAUGAAACCAAUCGAAAGCACUGAUGAAAUGGCUGAUGAAAUUAAAGUAACAGAUGCAAUGAUAACAGGACCAGAAGAAAUCAGAGUAACAGAUGCAGUGAUAACAGAAUCAUGCACUGAUAAUGAUAAUUGUUCAGUUAGAUGUACGCCAGAUAUAUGUGGCGAUCAUGGUGACUGUGAAAUAAUUAAUGGAACUCAUAUUGCAUGUUCCUGUCGUGAUUAUUAUGAUGGUCCAAACUGUGAAAUUUUUAAACCAAUUGAACAUGCAGCAAAAUUUGAUGGUAAAGCAUUUAUUGUAUUUUCCAUCGAUGAUUUUCCACAUUUAACUUCGGAGCACGAAGAAAGUUUAAGUUUACGAUUUAAAACAUCUGCAUCAUCUGGGCUGAUUUUUUGGCAAGGUCAACCAUUUGGCACACCUUUAAAAGGCGAUGAUUAUUUAUCGAUUGGCUUAAGUGAUGGUCAUUUAGUCUUCUCAUAUGAGCUUGGUGGUGGCGCAUCACAUUUGAUUAGCGCUGAAGUGGUAAAUGAUGACAAGGAGCAUCAGUUACAAAUUUGGCGCAAAGGUCGCGAAGGAAAAUUGAUCAUCGAUGAUGGAGCGCCAAUUAUAGGCUCAUCAUUUGGCAUUGUUGCUAUGCUUAAUGUUGAUGGCGAUGUUUAUAUUGGUGGUGUGCCGGAUUUAAAUAGUAUGACCGGUGGUUUGCAUGAGGAAAAUUUUAUUGGUUGUAUUGGUGAUAUAAUAUUUAAUGGUAUUAAAAUGGAUUUAAUGGCAAAUGCAAUUGAUGGACGAAAUGUAAAACCGUGUGAUCAAUGGAUGAUCAAGAAGAAAUGGUUACGGAAUGGAAAAUAUCAAUAA